AUGGAAUGGAUCCAAACUCUUCUAAUCUCAGGACUGUGUAUCCCGUCCUUCUGUGCCGACUACCGCCAACACUGUUUAAUUGAAACCCCCAAAUCCUGGUUUGAUGCCCAGAGCUACUGCAGAGAGAGAGGCUAUGACCUGGCCACCAUAGACGACAUGGGGGCAAUAAAGUCACUGCUGGCCUUGAAUGCAGACAGAGCUCAUGAUGAGCUGUGGAUCGGCCUUCAUUAUGGGGGUCGUGAAAGGUGGCAUUGGUCGCUGGCAGACAAGGACUUCUACCAAGAGGGAGAGAGAAAUUAUCGUAAUGUCAGAAAAUAUGGCGGAAGGUUUGCUGCUCAACGUAACAUCCAGUGGGACUUCAAAACAGGCGGAAUAUUCUGGUUCGUGUGUUAUGAUGGUAACAGACAAGGUGGAGACCGAUAUGUCUUAGUGAGACUGUCGAGGACCUGGACCAAUGCGCAGGGUUACUGCAGGAGUCACCACACGGACCUGGUCAGCAUCAGGAACUCAACAGAGAACCAGGCAGUCGCGGAGGCAAGUGUCGGAUUUAGUGUCUGGAUCGGCCUCUUUAAAGAUGCGUGGUACUGGUCAGAUGGGCGCUACUCCUCCCUUCGACUCUGGGAUCAACAUGCAGUUGGAGGGAAUUUCCCUCAAAGUUGCGCUGUGAUGACUAGCCACCUUUCUGGAAGAUGGAGCCAAAGAUCAUGUGAUGAGUUACAUCCAUUUCUCUGCACCUGCACUAGGAAAUGGGUUCUCAAGGUGAAGGUGCGUUCAGAGGACAGACAGGAACUGAACGAUCCUGCCAUGAAAACUGCCAUCUUAAAACAAACCCAACAGCUGCUGAACGUAGCGAGUUUGAGCGACCACCAUAAGAUAGCGUGGAAAACCAAUUCUGACGGACAGGUCUUCACCAAGGAGCAGUGUCAGGAAGAAGACGGCGACAUUUAAACUGAUCAACUGAAAAAGAGCAAUCCCAAGACCUGUGUAAUGUUGAAAAGUCUCACAAGUCAUUCGAUAAUAAGUAUCUAAAGUCUGUCAGCAGAUGACCUGGGUGAAAGCUAAUCUGAUUUGUUAAUUUUGGCCGGUUCUCACUAAAGUCACAAUUAUGAUGGUCACAUUACGUGAGCAAUGUUUGCAUUAUUCGUUAACAUUUACAUUCAUGAACCAAAUCAUCUCUUUGUAUUCCAUUGGAGGAUGAAAAGUACAACUAUAAGGGGAAUGAAAAUACAAGGAAAUAUUUAUUUUUGUAGGGGCCAUGAAUGUCAAUUGGGUCAUGUGUCUAAUACCUCUGUUUUAGGGUAGCAACAAAUAUAAAAUAGUUUCUUGAAUGUAUAAUCACGUGUUUGCUAUAUAUGACCAAGACUUCAGUUUGAGUAGCUGUAUAAUGUAACUAAAGAAGGGUAGCCUGAAAGAGUAUAUGAGGCUCAGCCUCUGAGCAGAACGUGGAGCU